AUGAUCAUUAAUGAGACUGUACAGAAACAACAACAGUGUUCCCUGGCACAAAAUUAUGAUAGAAUUUACCGCUGUUUUUCAGAACCUUAUAAACCAUAUCCCUUGGGAAUGAAUUUAUCAUUAUUUCUAAUAACAUUUCUAGCAUACUUCCUAUCUUUUGGAUCUUCAGUGUUGUCUUUUGAAUAUGUUUCCUCUGUUGUGGAAACAGAAUUCAUCAUCACUUAUUAUAAACAUUUUCGUGCACAAUCUCGUUAUCGUUUCUUGAAGUCUACAUUCAAAUGGUUCACAUUGAAUUAUUCUAUCAUAGACCGAUGGUAUCCACCAUCUAAUGCAAAAGAAAAAACAAGUGAUUUUGAUGUAAUCAAGAUAUUCAAUCUCAACAAAACGGAUAUAUUAAACUUUAUUCAAAACUUAUCUAAUAUCAGUCAAAUAAAAUCGGUUUCACCACAAAAACAAAUAAGUCGUGUUCUUCUAAACUAUGGUACAAAUGAUGAAGUAUCUCUGCAUAAUUCUAGUCGUCAUUCAAAUUCAAGACGAAAUUUAAAAUUGUUUGGAAAUUCACAUAAAUCUUCAUCUGGAACAUUACCAUUGGAUCCAUUGAAACAGCCAUGGAAAUUAUUACAAGCAGACUAUGCUUGGUCUCGUGGUCUAUGUGGUGAAGGUGUACGUGUGGGUAUAUUUGAUACUGGACUGGCAUCAAUUGAUCAUAAACACUUUUUAUUCAGUAAUAUUAUUGAUAGAACUGAUUGGACAGUAGAUAUAAGCAAUAAAUCUUAUUCUGAUGCUAUUAAUAAUAAUAAUAAUAAUGAUCAUAUUGAAGCUUUAGAUCGACAUGGUCAUGGAACUUAUGUGACAGGUUUAAUUGCUGCAAAAAAUCCUAAUUUAUAUGAUUCAAAAUUUAUGAAUUCUUUUCACGAAUCAUCAUAUACAACACAUAGCAAUUGUCCACCUUGGGGAUUUGCACCAAAUGCAGAUUUAUUUAUAUUUCGUGUAUUCACUGGUACACAAAUAUCAUAUACUUCAUGGUUUUUAGAUGCAUUCAAUUAUGCUAUAAGUAAAAAAUUGCAUGUUAUCAAUCUUAGUAUUGGUGGACCAGAUUUUUUAGAUAAACCUUUUGUUGAUAAGGUGUUAGAGCUAUCUGCCAAUGGAAUAUUAUUAGUUUCUGCAAUCGGUAAUGAUGGGCCGUUAUUUGGUACAUUAAAUAAUCCAGCUGAUCAAAUGGAUGUAUUAGGCGUUGGCGGUGUCGAUGCAUUAGGUCGUGUUGCACGAUUUUCUUCACGUGGAAUGACUGCUUGGGAGCUCCCGACUGGUUAUGGACGUGUAAAACCAGAUAUAGUUACUUUUUCCACUGGUGUUAUCAGUUCUAGCCUAGAUGGACAAUGUCGUGUACUGUCUGGAACUAGUGUAGCAUCACCAAUUGUAACAGGAGUUGUUAGUUUAUUAAUUAAUGCUGCUUUAAAUCAUAAUGCCAAGUUAUUGCAUCACAGAAAUGACAGUCAUAUUGCUGCAGACAAUAAUUAUCCAUUAGUACCUAUCAAUCCAAUCAGUAUUAAACAAGCUUUACUAGCCAGUGCAAAUCGUCUCGAUUCAAUACGUGUAUUUGGUACAAAUUCAAUUAAAUGGUUACAAGAAACCGAUCAAAGUAGUAUGUUUGAACAAGGUGCUGGUUUAGUAAAUCUUCAAUCUGCUCUAGAGAUUGUACAACGUAUGAAACCUCAAGCAAGUUUAAUGCCUAGUUAUUUAGAUUUAACUCAAUGUCCAUAUAUGUGGCCAUAUUGUUCUCAACCGUUAUACUUUUCUAUGCAACCAAUUAUCAUUAAUAUAACAAUUUUAAAUUCAAUGAAUGUUAUUGGUCGUAUCAUACAACCGCCUAUUUAUCAUCCAUAUAUUCAUCAUCAUGGACACCGUCUACAUGUUGCUGUAUCUUAUUCUGAAUAUCUUUGGCCAUGGGUUGGAUAUAUAGCUGUACAUCUUAGUGUAACAUCGGAUUCCAUGCACGACGGUGGUAUAGCAUCGUCACAUUUUUCUGGUAUUGCUCAAGGUUAUCUCAGUUUAGUUGUAGAAUCCUAUGAUAAUAUUCGAAAUCUAUCAUUAACUACAAAUUUACGACUACCAAUUAAAGCUAAUAUUGUGCCUACUCCGCAUCGAUCUAAACGAAUUUUAUUCGACCAAUUUCAUAGUAUUCAUUAUCCUUCCGGUUUUAUUCCACGAGAUGAUUUGACUCGAUCAAAAGAACCUUUAGAUUGGUUAGGUGACCAUAUUCAUACAAAUUUUCUUGAUUUGUAUACACAUCUUCGUAGAAAAAAUUAUUUUAUUGAAAUAUUAACUUCUACAUUCAAUUGUUUCAAUGCAUCUAAUUAUGGUACAUUGCUUAUAAUUGAUCCUGAAGAAGAAUUCUUUCCACAUGAAGUCGAUAAAUUAUUUAUCGAUGUUACACAAAGAGGAUUAUCGUUGAUUGUGUUUGCUGAUUGGUAUAAUACUAGUGUGAUGCAUAGUUUACGCUUUUAUGACACAAAUACUAGACGUUUAUGGACUCCAGACACUGGAGGAUCUAACCUACCUGCAUUGAAUGAAUUACUUCGACCGUUCGACAUUGAAUUCGGUGAUUCUGUUUUCCAUGGAGACUACGUGAUUGGACAUCGAACUGUUACAUAUCAUUCAGGCAGUAGUUUAAGAAAAUUUCCUACACAAACUAUUGCUAAUCAUACUGGUCGAACUGCAUUAUUUCAAGCUAAAUUAAUUGAUAUUGGCAGUCAAUUAAUUCAACAUGAUAAUGCUAUGUUGUUGUCGUCCUCCAAGUCAAAUUUGGAAACAUCAUUGAAAUCUGACAGAAUACCUGUCAAUUCUGAUGAAUUGAAUUUACGUUUAAAACAAUUGGUCGCAAAUGAUCCAACACCUACUAUACUUGGUCUAUGGACACCUACUAUUGAAAAUGUAAUUCACAAUAUGGGACGUUUAUCAAUUUAUGGUGAUUCCGAUUGUUUAAGUUCAACUCAUUUAAAUUCAAAUUGUUUUUGGCUGUUAGAUGCAUUACUUCAAUUCUCUACCAGUAAAAUGGGACGAAUUCCACGAAAUUUAUUUGCACAAAUGUUUACACCGAAUACAGACAAUUGGAUGGAUCCUUCACUGGGUAUACCGUUACGUUCAAAAAAUUCUGAAUUACACUUGUAUAGUAAUGUAAUCAAAAAAGACCACAAUUUAUCUUCUAUGAAGUCAUGUGAUAUCGUGUCAACAGUUUCAAUUGUACUUGAUGAAAGUGAACCAAAUGAAUCAUUUUAUCAUCCACAAAGUUUAAUACUCUAUCCAAUUGAAUUUUAUAAUCCAUUGAAAAAAUUGCACAAUGCACAUUAUUGUCAUUUAAUUUCAUCUAAUUUAUCAUCGAAUAAGAAUUACUUCCUCUUCUCCUUCUUCAUUCACAAGCCGCCAAUAUUAUUUCUACAAUCAAUGGUUGAUUUUUUGAAAAAUUCCCAAUUUAAUUUUGUAUACAUUUUCAUACUACUGAUAGUAGUUUGUUAUUUUUUGCAUAGUUUAUUUCAACUGUAUAAUCUAUGGUUUACUUGUUUAUUGAAGAUAUUCAGUAAGUCAUCAUCUUCAAUUGUCACAACUACUACUACUACUAACAAUAAUAAUAGUAAUGAUAAUAAUAAUAAUACUAAAUUAUCACCUGUAACAUUUUAUGAAAUUGCACAACAGAACAAAUCUACUAUACAUAUAUCUGUGCAAAGAUAUUUCAAUGGCAUUGUCGUCAACUUUGUUGUAUUUCAUGUUUUUGUAUAUAUUCUGUGUACAAUUCGAUAUGUUGUAGUGCAUAGUUUAUUUCAACUGUAUAAUCUAUGGUUUACUUGUUUAUUGAAGAUAUUCAGUAAGUCAUCAUCUUCAACUGUCACUACUAAUACUACUAACAAUAAUAAUAGUAAUGAUAAUAAUAAUAAUACUAAAUUAUCACCUGUAACAUUUUAUGAAAUUGCACAACAGAACAAAUCUACUAUACAUAUAUCUGUGCAAAGGUGA